UGGUUGCAUUCUCAUGGCUACUCGAGUCUAUUUGUGCAGUGCGAUGCCGAGAACUUGGUUUGCAGCAACUGCCUUGCCCAACUCCCAAAGGACAAGUGCUACGCGUGCGGGCACGACGGCGCCUACCGCCGCAACACCACUCUGGAAGACGUCGUCGGCUGGCACAGGGUCCUCUGCCCCAACGGCGCGUACGGCUGCCAGGCCUACGUCCCCUACCACCAGUGCGGCGACCACCAGCGCGAGUGCCCCUGCGCGCCGUGCGGCUGCUCGGAGUCGGGCUGCUCCUUCGCCGGCUCGCCGCCGAUGCUCCGCGACCACCUCAGGGACGCGCAUGGGUGGCCCGUGGACAAGAUCCGCUACGGCAGGCCCCAGGACCUCUGCCUGCCGGAGUCGCAGCGGCGCCGCCUGCUCGUCGCCGAGGAGGACGGGCGCGUGUUCCUCGUGGUCGCCGUGGGCGCGCCCGGCGAGUGCCACGAAGUCUCGCUGGCGUGCCUGAGAGCGAACGCCGCGGCGGGGCCGCAGUACACGUGCAGGAUGUGGGCGGUGGGGGAGGCCGCCGGCGCGCUAAGCGUGAUGAUGAAGAUGGAGGUGCCAAGCUGCGGGGUGCCCGGCAAGGCCGCGGUGGUGCCCCUGGUUGUGCAUCGCAAAAUGCUUCACGGGGCCUCCUCGGAGAUCCACCUCAGCGUUCGCAUAGACGAGGAACUUGACUCAAGAUCCAACGAGCUUGAUGAGCUACCUAUGCAAAGGAUUUACCAUGAAAGCGACAGAGACAAGGAAAAGAGGGACAAAGAAGCUGCUCUAGAAAAGGUUCUCAAUUUACAACAGCAAUUAGAUGCCAAAGAGAAUCUUGAGUUAGAAAUACAACAACUGCAGGGAAAAUUGGAAGUUAUGAAGCAUCAAGGUUUAGAAUCAAAGGAGAAGAUAGAUGUACUGAGUCAUGAACUACAGGAUAAGUACGAUGAAAUGGAGUAUCUGGAGUCAAUGAACCAUGCUCUGUUUAUCAAGGAAAGAGAGAGCAACGAUGAGUUGCAAAAUGAUCGGAAGGAGCUGAUAGCUGGCUUUCAGGAGCUUGCUGCUGGCCGAUCAAAUAUAGGUAUCAAGGAAAUGGGUGAACUUGAUCUGAAAGCAUUCGGAGAUGCUUGCAGGAAAAGGUCAUCGAAAGAGGAUGCAGAAGUCAAAUCUGCUAUGCUUUGUUCAGAAUGGCAAGAGGAAAUUAGAAACCCGAACUGGCACCCCUUCCGGGUUAAAGUGGUUGAUGGAAAAGAAAUGGAAGUUCUUUCAGAGGAGGAUGAGAACCUUUGGAAGCUGAAAGAAGAGCAUGGCGAAGAAAUAUAUGCACUGGUAACAAAGGCAUUGGUUGAGAUCAACGAGUACAAUCCCAGUGGCCGCCACUCCGUACUAGAGCUGUGGAACUACAAUGAGGGCAGGAAAGCAACCCUGAAGGAAGCCGUCCAGCAUGUCAUGAAGCAGUGGAGGACUCACAAGAGAAAGCGUUGAUCCAUUUGGGUUCAUCUGCCUACGCUCGCCUGAGCUGGGGCACUUGAACUAGGCAUGGCGUCAUUUAAAUUUAGCCUUAGUUCGUUAGUUGAAAUUAAACUCUUAAUGAUGAUUAGCGUUAAGUCACUGGGUUUCCAUCUGGACUUCCCUAAUAUAGCAUUGACAUGAAUGCUGCUAUAUAUAUUUUCAGAACGUGAACAACGUCAUGGAUCCGCAGUCCAACUGCCGCAGAGGCAUGUAAGAGCUUGCUGUUCAUGCAUCUUAGAUGUCGGGGCAAUGAUUGGCAGCCAUGCCCAUGCAACACUCUUGAACGGCAAAAGUUUCUAUCAGGUGUUAAUUAAGUUUGCUGCUGAAUGCUA